AUGCGGAGGACGUUUGUGUGUCGUGGGGGGUUCCACGCGCCGCGAAGGGUGGCACAGACGCAAGAUUUGCUGGACGCAGAGGCUCCCCACACGGAGAUGGCGGAGGGCGGCCGCUCUGCUGCACUGGAGAAGGCGGCUGUACAUAAACGUGCACGCGUUGAAUCGUGGCUGCAGCACCCCCCUCCAGUGGCGGCCGCACAGCCGUUAGCGCCUUCGUUUCCACAAACCAUGACGGUUUCUCAAUCACACGAACAGCCGGCCAAUGCGGCAGCGAUGGACACGGCGCCGUUUGAAAACGAGGAGGAACUCCAACGGGAGGUGGAAGAAGACAAGCGACUGUCCACGGAUCUUCCAUUUACACCCAUCAAACAAUCGGGGGGUGCCAGCACACCACCGUUUAUUUCGUCUCAGGCUACUUUGGAAGGCGGCGAGGCGGCCGACGAGGAGGCAAACAUGCAUCUGGACCUUGCAGGUGUUGCGCUGCUUGACGGUGGCAGCCAUGGGAUGGCGGUGGUUUCUCCACCAACCACCACAGACUGCUCGGUACAGACGAAGGAGAGCGGGGGUGGCGGUGCCUUUUACGAUCUUCCUCAGAGUGCACAACACUUUUUUACGAAACGACGCGGUAUCAAGCAGCUGUAUCCGUGGCAGCACGAAGUCCUGAUGCGGGACGACGUGCGUAGCGGUGGUAGUUUGGUGUACAGUUUACCGACGAGUGGAGGCAAGACCCUGGUGGCGGAGAUUUUGCUGCUUCGAUGCCUGCUUAAUCGACGCAAGUCGUGCUUCUUUGUCCUUCCCUUUGUUUCAUUGGCGGAGGAGAAGGCGGAAGGACUGCGCCCCUUUGGUGACGCGUUGGGGUUUUCUGUCGAGGGUCACUACGGCACACAAGGCAGGCUGCCUCUGCCAAAGCGCACCACCGUGUUUGUUUGCACCAUUGAGAAGGCAAACUCGCUGCUGAAUCAUAUGCUGGAGGAGGGCUUGACGCAGGAGUUGGGAACCGUGGUCGUGGAUGAGCUGCACAUGCUUGGGGAGUCGCAUCGUGGUGCGACACUGGAACUGUUUUUGUCUAAACUGCUUUGCUUGCCGCAUGCCAUGCAGCUGAUUGGUAUGAGUGCCACCAUUCCAAACCUGCCAAGCAUUGCGACGUGGUUACGUGCAGCCUGUUACUUGGGACAGUACCGCCCAAUCCCACUGAGGCAGUAUGCCGUCGUGGAUGGUAUGGUGAUGGAGGAUGGGGAGCGGAAUGAGCGCAAUCUGGUGGCAGCUGGGUACGCGACGGAGAGGGAGCAGUUACUGUUGUUAGCGACAGAGAUACAAGCGGGGUCGGUGUUGAUAUUUUGCGCGAGCCGUCAGCAAUGCGUUGACACGGCACGCCUCAUUGCCCAAUACCGCAAAGGCAUGAAGAAUGGAUUUCAUAGUGCGAGUGACACGACUCUUGGGGCUCUUCAAACGGAACUUAGCUCCUUUGGAAAUGAUGCAAGCCUGCUUGGCCAGCUUCUUCCUCACGGUGUUGCGUUUCACCAUGGUGGCUUACUUGGGGAGGAGCGUGAGUUAAUUGAGCGGGCGUAUCGCCAGCGACACAUCAAUAUUCUUUGUUGCACGUCUACGCUGGCAGCUGGAGUUAAUUUGCCGGCACGACGCGUUAUCUUCAAGACUCCCUACGUGGGACGUGACUUUUUGACAAAAUCCCGUUAUUUACAGAUGUGUGGGCGUGCCGGUCGUGCCGGCCUGGAUGAGUUUGGUGAAUCAUUUCUCCUCCUCUCCCGUAGAGACUGUCAGCGGGGGCGGGAGUUGAUGCGGCAGGAAGUGGAGAUGUGCGCGAGCCAAAUGCUGCUUCAGGCAAGUCUGUUUGAAAGAGCUUUGCUAGAAUGUAUUUCGGUGGGUGUCAUACGAUUGCCUGCUGACACCCAGGCGUGGAUGGAAAACCUCUUGUGCCACCAUGCAACUGGACCCUUCGACCCGGCUUACGAUGUUGCCUCAAAGCCCUUGCCGGUGGCGUUGGCUGGGAUUCUACAGUCGUCCAUAGACCAUCUGAUUCGGAGCGGUUUGGUGCAGCGUGUGCCGUUGCAACCGGAACCCGUUGGGGGUGAUGCUGCGGCCGCCGCACAGCAACCUGUUGUGAGUGCAGAGGAGCAGGUCACGUUGUCUACGACACCGUUUGGUGCCUGCUCUGUGCGGUCGUGCUUCAGCGUGGAGGAGGCCUUGCUGGUCCGCGAGGAACUGGAAAAUCUGCAGCGUACAGGCCUGAUUUUGGCGGAUGAUCUCCAUCUGUGCUACUUUUUAACGCCGCUGCGGGAGAUUGGUGACUGUAACUGGUCGGCGUACCGCACCGUGCUCUCACAGAUGGGCGAAAACCGUCAGCGUAUCGCACACAUGGUGGGCGUCGAUGAGUACUUCGUGCACCAGCGAGCCAUGGGGCUGGGGGACCCGUACGGAAGCGGCGGCAGCAGGACGUUUGCCACCCGCCGCUUUUUUGUCGCUUUGAUGCUUGCUGACCUCCUCAGUGAGGUACCAAUGUCUGUCGUGGAAGAGCGUUACCAGCGUAACCGGGGGCAACUGCAGGGCCUCAUGCGUAGUGCCUCCAUGUUUAGUAGCUCCAUCACCAGCUUCUGCCGGGCUAUGGAGUGGUUUUCACUUGAGGCCGUGCUGUCGUCCUACGUGAAGAGGCUAGGUUUUGGGGUGAAACCGGAUAUUGUGCCGCUGAUGGAGAUACACGGAUUGCAGCCGGCACGGGCGCGAGCGUUGUGGACGGCGGGCUUCAGAGACCCCGCGGCGGUUGCGGCGAGUAACCCGGAGGAGUUGCUUCAGCGUGUGAAGAGCGCCAACCCGGCCGAAAACAAAUCAGUGAAGUUCUUCACACUCCGCUCCGCCGUCCACCUUAUACGCGAGGCAAACCUCCUGCUGCAGCACCACAUUCGUGAGAAGAAAGGCGAACUGAUGGAGCUGACACUGUGCUCACGGGUAUUGCUCAACUGA